AUGUACUACAAGUUAAAUGCAGUUACACAAAGACUUAUCAAAUCGGCACCGAGUGGUUACAACCCACAGGGAUUGCGGAUAACAGUGCCCACGGAGCCUCCCCCAAUGAUAUUUGCCACACCCACCAAAUAUGUGUCAGAGGCAGGGAACAUGGUGGAGUACCUGGGACACAACAAAGUCCCUGAUCUACAGAAACUCUUCCAGAAGGCUGAUGGUGUCCCUGUGCACCUGAAGGGAGGCCUGAUGGACAAGAUGCUGUACAGGACUACCAUGGCCCUGACCAUCGGUGGGACCCUCUACUGCCUGAUGGCUCUCUACAUCGCUGCCCAGCCUCGGAAGUGAUCAGCUUCCUCCUCAAGGGUCCAGCAGGAUUCUAUAUCAUUCAGAUUA